AUGGCUUCCUGUCCCUUUAAGGAUCCUCUGCCCCCAUCAGCUCCAGCAGUGCCCAAAGACGUGCUGGAGGCUCUGGAGCAGAGACGAGCCAAGUACGCCGAGGCGUCCAGUGAGGCCAAAGCCAGUGGAGACGACCGCAAGGCUCGAAUGCACGACCGCAUCGCUAAGCAAUACCAGAGCGCCAUCCGAGCUCACAAAGCAGGGAAAGCUGUCAACUUUGAGGAGCUGCCUGUUCCCCCUGGGUUUCCUCCGAUCCCGGGUCAGAAGGCGACGGGAGUAGAACAGGGAUUCAUCGCUGCUCUACAGGCAGCAGAUAAGCUAGCCUCAACAGAUGCUACUGAAUUAGCAAACGAAGAAGAAGACGACGACGAGAAGGAGGAGGAGUCUAAGCCAGCUCCUCAAGUGGCACCAAAGAAGCCCACAUUAGACAUCCCAACUGCAGGUCAAGGAAAAAAAAGGACCCCAUCCCCUUCCCCUGACAGAACUUCAACCAGAGAAGGACUCUCACUUACAGCGGUUCAACAGCUGGAGUUCCUGGAGGGCAGGAAGAAGCAGUACAUGAAGGCGGCUCUGCAGGCCAAGCAGAAGAACGAGAUGGAGCAGGCGAAGAUCUUCCUCCGUACCGCUAAAGGCUUCGACCCCAUGAUCGAGGCAACGCGCAGCGGUAAAUCUGUGGACAUCAGCAAGGUGCCGUCGCCCCCUGCUGACGAAGACGAAGACUUCAUCCUGGUACAUCACAGCGACGUGCAGAUCUCGGAGAAAGCAGAGCAGGUCUACACACAGCUGGUCAACAUCCUGAAGGAGCAGUACGAGAAAUGUAUGACCCACUCAAAGCAGUUCACUCACCUGGGGAACGUGGCAGAAACAACAAAGUUUGAGAAGAUGGCGGCGGGCUGUAAGAGGAGUCUGGAGGUCCUGAAGCUGGCUCAGUCGAGAGGUCUUUCUCCUCCUAAACAUCACUUUGAGGAGAGAUCGUUUCACACCGUCAGGAUAUUCCCAGAGCUGAGCAGCACUGACAUGGUCGUUGUUAUCAUCAAAGGGAUGAACCUUCCUGCUCCCAAUGGGAUCCAAACCAACGACCUUGAUGCCUACGUGAAGUUUGACUUCCCCUACCCCAGCACGGAGCAACCGCAAAGAAACAAAACUUCUGUCAUCAAGAACACAAACUCUCCAGAAUACAACCAAAGCUUCACCCUGUCAAUCAACCGUAACCACCGCGGCUUCAGGAGGGUGGUGACGUCGAAAGGUCUCAAACUGGAGCUGCUGCAUAAAGGCGGCUUCUUGCGGAGCGACAAGCCGAUCGGGACGGCGCUCGUGAAGCUGGAAAAACUGGAGUCACAGAGUGAAAUCAGGGAGAUCGUAGAGGUGAUUGACGGCCGUAAGCCGACAGGAGGUCGUGUGGAAGUCAAGGUCCGCCUGCGGGAGCCUUUGAGCGGGCAGGACAUGCAGACGAGCACUGAGCGCUGGCUGGUCAUCGACCAGUCACAGGUUCUUGUUUAGAUGCUGCUUCAGAAAGAAUGAUGAUACUCAAGAUAAAGAUUUAAGUCAUUCAAUCAAAUUUGAAGAUUUGGAGAAAGAGGAGAACGAGGACAGAGUUUGUGAUGUGGUGAGGACAACCUGUCGUUCAGACUGGACACACACCUACACGGGUUUUUGACUUGCUAGAACUUUUGCACAUUUGCAAGACAUGAGAGCUCCCCUUCACACACUGCAGUCCACCAGGGGGAGACAUGGAGCUGGUUCACGGUAGGUCAGCUGGUGUCUGGAUCUUCAGGAGGUUAGCAGUGACACCAGAAUGACCAACAAAAACUAAGACUGCUAAAUCAAAGGAAAGAUUAUUUUAUGAGUCAAGAUAUAAGCUCAUGAGGCGUCAGGAAGAAUCUCUUAAUGAGAUAAAAAAUCAGAGAAAACGAUGCUAGUGGUCCUGAAAGUCUCCUCCUGCAUCUCUCCUGGAGGACAGAAAGUGUCCUGUGCUGAAGCUAAAGGGGCUCAGUGUCGAGCUGACCAGAUCCUGCUGCCAGACAUAACUCCAGUUCAUAUAAAAUAUAUAUCAAAGCACGUGUACAUAUUCCUCAUAUUACUCAGCUCUGGUAUCUAGAACUGCACCUAUGCACUAAUACCAAAGUAAUCACUGUUGCUGUAUCAUCCUGCAUAUUUGAAAUUGCCUUUUGCUGCUGAACUAGUUACCAUGACACGGGGGGCUUAAUAUGGUGACGGGACACGGGCAGGUUCGGACGUGAUUUCUCACAUUUCAUCUGAUGUUUAGAACGCAGGUAGCAGCACCCUCACAAAUGUUUUACAGGAGUAAGCCAAGAAAUAAUGAUACUAUUAAAGGUUUAAUAACGUAAUACACAUAAGACCACCUUCCUUUCUUUGACACCUUUUCGCUCUAAUUUAAAAAGUCACUAACUGUGGUCCCUUUAUUGCACUUAUCUGUGGCUUUAGAUUAGAUUGUAUAUUUAUCUUGUUUACACUCCGUAGCAUAAAUCAAAGAGUUUCAGUCUAAAGAGCUUUAUGAAGAUUUAUCUCAAGGCAAAUGUCUCUAAUUACUCAGACCAUGAGGUGGUUAAAAAGGGAUCUUUAGUUCAAAUAUCAGUUGAAUGCAUUAGAGAUAAUUUCAAGGGGAAUAAAC